GAGGAUGAAUAAUAAUUUUAUGGGCUGAAUGCAUGCCUCCUUCCUGCAAGCCCGCUCUGCUGAUGUUAGUAACUGUGGGGGAGGGACCCUCCGGGUUUGCUUGAUGGUCUCGCACCAUGCACCACCGGGGUUCUUAUAUAAUUCGCCCACAUCGCCGUUGUUCUCUAAUGUUGAUUUCAGAACUCCUAGUCGGUUGAGUCGACGGAGAGAGAGCCCUAGCUAGCAGCAGCAGCUUCACAAGAUUUAGGCGAUUUGCUUCCACUGGGAUACCUUCAGUCGCUUGCGUCCUUUUAAUUUUUAUUAUUUUUCUUUUGUUUAUUUUGUUUUCUCUUAUUUUAUUGUAUUAGAUGUUCAACGAGAAUACGUUUUUCACUGAGGCGAAGCUUUGAUCGGCAGCUGAGUUCUGAUUCAGGUUGGGGUUUACGCGUCGAGUGAGAUACAACUCAUUUCUUGUCCCGAGAGUUAAAGCGGUUCCGAGGGAUUUAUGAUCCAUACAGUUGUUAUUGCGCUUCGUAGAGAAGCAGAAGCAGCAACCUCGAAGUUCGAGCGUUACAGUCACUGUCGAGCAUCGAACCAUGCCUUCUCAUCGCCAUGAACUAGACGCAGGAGGACCAGCUCUGCAGUUACGCGCAGCUGCUUUGUUCCCUAAUUACUUGUUGUCUUGCACACCUCAGGCGCACUGCAGAUCCGACUCACUGAAUUCAUACCCUCUCGCGUCCCUCGUUGACAUGGACACUUGGUUAACAGCGUCUGGAUUAGAGACGACGACUCGCAACUGUGGAUCUCCAACUGCCUUACACAAUUAUCAGCAGCAAGCCGAAAAGCCGAUGGGUUCUGUUGACACCAACCCUGGGAUCGGCACUGGAAAUGUCUUCCCUCAGAUCGGGGGCUAUCAAUCUGAUACAUGGUGGCCACCCAUCAAUGCGCAGAUGUUUCCCAGGGAUAUAUCGACCCAGCAUGGAAUCAGCGGCACCAAACCCGGAGCAGGUAAUUCGAUGACAUUCACAACCAACAACUACACCAUGGAUUCAUCGUGGUGCCACAAUAUCGCCAACACGGUAACUACAGUUGCCAACGCCGACAUGUGCGAUUUGAAUGCACCCGGCGAGCCCCCAUCCGCCAUACCUGUGGCGAGCGUCGCCCCGUGCAUGGCUAUAGUUGCUGCUGCAGGAGCGGCAUCGACACGCGCCACCAAAAUCAGCAGGAAAGGGAAUCAAUCCAAAGGAGGGGCCGUCAGUGCACCCACAAGCCCCUCUGAGUUGAGACCCCCCAGGGAGAAGAGCUUAGGGGUGCAGAAGAAGUGGAACGGGAAGAGGCCCGUCUCGCAACGGGAGAAUCACAUCUGGUCCGAACGGCAACGCCGCAAGGGCAUGAAUUACCUUUUCUCCACCCUCCGCUCUCUCCUCCCUCAUCCCACCUCUAAGACGGACAAAUCCACGGUGGUCGGGGAGAUCAUUAAGUAUAUUGAAUCGCUGCAGGUGAAACUGGAUAUGCUGACGAAGAAGCGGCAGCAAGUGAUGGCAGCGCGGACACUGAGCGCGUUCCACAGCAUUGACACACUGCCGAAGGCGUUUGUGUCGAACGGGCUGACGCUGGUAGACCACAGUAGCGACCCGAUGUCCAUGACGGCCAUUACGGCGUUGCCUCCGCCCGGUAGUGAAUCGUGUCUGCAGUCCUACUUGGGGUCCAACGUGGGCCUUCAUGUGUGCGGCUUGAAUGUGUUCAUCACCACCAGCAGCCCUCGCGGGCAACGCGGGUUGUUGCAGCAGCUGCUGGUCACUAUCCACAAGCACGCCCUGGACGUCAUCAACGCCACCAUCUCCACCAGCAACGCCUCUAUUUUCCAUUGCUUGCACUGCCAGGCAUCGCAGGAUGCGGAGCUUCUGAACAACGACCUCCACAGCGCCUUGCAGAGUGUGAUCACCAACUUUGAGCCACAAUUUUAGACCUUCGGUGUCAUAGCAACACCCGUGAGAAGUGAAGUAAACUUUCCUCCGAGUAUUUCAAGCCAGCUUCGUUUCAUUCUUGUGAGUGUGGUGAGCAGAGGCCAAGUAGACAUACUUUGUAGGUAAGGUCAGGACAGAUGAAACUGAAAAGAAGCAUAGCAUACUUUGGUGGUGGUGUUUUUUUUUUUUUUUUUUUUUUUUUUGAUUAACUAGGUUUUGUUCGUGAUAGACAAUUGUGUUUGGCCUGAUUCGUUUGGGCGAGAGACAUAUCGAAGAAGAACAUGAGUAGAAGUGUAGAUUUACGGGACGAUCGUGUUUUGUCAAGGUGCUCGGAGCUCCAACUGUUUCUGACAGACAAUUUGUAUAUUUACUCAACCCCAAAUUUUCUCAAAUUUUAUUUGAUUUUUCGAGAAAAUAGCAAAGCCCAAAUCUGAAACAU